AUGCCUUAUCAACAAGACUCACCAAGCCCCUCAAUGCAUUGGAACGUUAUGGGCUCAGCUGUGUCCUCGCGGGGUGCUACCCUCGUCUUCAUACUCUUCACGUAUCUCCUUAUCGUCCGGGCCUUGCGUUACCGGCGUAUGAAGAAGCUAGAGCAUUCUUUCGGCUACGGCACUAGGAAACCAUUAGGCGAGAUGACCUUGGACGAUGCUGCGGCAAUACUCCUCGAACUUUCUGAGAUGGAGUUUCCCUUCAGCUUCCUCAAUUCUACCCAGUUUGCGUUGUUCAGGGUCAGAGAUGAUAGUUUCCCGCAUGGACCACCCUUAGGGUAA